GGAUGCCCUGGGGCUGCUCCAGACCGAAGUCAGGGAGCAGCGCUCCGAGCUGCCCCCGGCCACGCCGGCGGGGCAGAUCGGGGAGCACCGGAGCGCGAACCGGCAGGUGAUGGUCAACAUCGGUGACAUCGAGUACGUGUCCUACCUGCACGUGGGCGGGCAGACGAUCGCAGGCAUCCUAGACACAGGCUCUUUCGAGCUCGUGGUCUUCUCCACGGAGUGCAAGACCUGCGGCACGGCAGCCAAGUACAACCCAAAGUUGAGCAAGACACACAAGCCAGGAGCCCUCAUGACGGUGCAGUCCUAUGGCAGCGGCGACACCUACUCAUGGGAGGCCAAAGACACGGUCAGCAUCGGCCCCUUCGACGCGAAGAAUCAGACCUUCUGGGAGGAGCCCUGCGCGCCCCCCGUGCCCGUCGCCUGCUGGCCCGGGUGGCGGCGAGGUCGGCCGGCUCGGCCCCUCGAGCCGCGGCCUGGGCUCGGCAGGGCACCGCGCGGCCGGCUGCGCCUUCCCGGUGACCGACGCCCGCAUGCCGAUCCUCCGCAACGCGGCAUUCCAGGCCAUCAUCGGCAUCGGGCCGCCCGAGACUCCCGCGGCGGACGCCUGGACGGAGGUGCAGAAGUCGCUGGAGUCCGUGAACAAGUUCUACGGCGACAGCAAGCGCCCCCCAAAGGACGCCCUGAAGGACGUGAAGGACGCCAUCGAGUCCGCGCUGGAGAUGAGCGACACGCCCCCGAUGCUGCACACCUUCGGCGUGCAGGCCUUCUCCAUCUGCAUGGGGGCCCGUGCCGGCUCCGACGGGUACUUCACCUGGCAGGAGCGUCAGCACACGGACAAGCCAGACCUCUUCACGAGGGUGCCCAUCCUCGGGAAGCACACCUGGAGCGUUGGCCUCGCCAGCGUGAAGCUCACGCGCCCGGGCCUCUUCACGGAGACCCGGCUGGGCUGCUUCGAGGAGGGCGGCUGCAGCGCGCUCAUCGACAGCGGCACCAGCCUUCUCGCCGUGCCCCGCCCCGUCAUCAACAAGGUGCAGGACCUCGUGGCCAAGAUGCACGUGGGCUGCCAGGAC